AUGGGUUGCGUCCAGACCGUCCCCAACGAUCGUGUUGCCGUUAUCACAAGAUUCGGUAAGUUCGACCGUCUCGGCCAGCCGGGUUUGCUGUGCUUGCCGAUACCCUGUAUCUGUGUGAGGGCAGGGGAUGUCUCUGUGAGAAUUCAAGAGACUUCUAUGACCUGCGAAACGAAGACUAAGGAUAACGUCUUUGUUAGCAUACAAGUUGCCGUACAAUAUGAAGUAAUCAAGGCGAAGAUAUACGAAGCUUUCUAUCGCCUUCACAACCCCACAGUACAGAUCAACUCGUACGUGUUCGAUGUGGUUCGAUCGACGGUGCCUGGCAUGCUACUUGAUGACGUUUUCGAGUCAAAAGAUGAGGUUGCCAAACAAGUGAAGGAUCAGCUACAGAAGAUUAUGGGUGAAUUCGGAUUCCAGAUCAACCAGGCUUUGGUAACUGACAUUUCUCCUAAUCGUAAAGUUAGAGAUGCUAUGAAUGAGAUCAACGCCAACCGCAGGCUGAGAGUGGCGGCUACUGAGAAGGCUGAGGCGGAAAAAGUCGUCAUUGUGAAGCAAGCAGAAGCAGAGGCCGAAUCGAAGUUCCUGCAAGGACAGGGUACAGUCGAAUAG